AUGGGCGAUCUUCCCGUUUACACAUAUAACGGGGGAACACGAACCGACGCACUCCUCCACAGUGCUUCCAAGGAGUCCGAGGCGGAGGAUGCCACAGGAGACGCUUCCCGCACCCCAGCAUACCAGCUGAAGGCUUACUGCGGUGCGGGCGAAACGAUCACGAACCCCACCGAGUGCGUCACUGCCGCCGCCGCUCUGGGCUUGACCGUGAACAAUGUGGCGAACGGCUUCGAUUUGCCGUUUAUCAAUGUGAACCAAAAUCAGUACCACGACGGUUGCGUCCACCGCGGUGCACCUUACUUAUUCACUCUUUACUUCAUGGAUCCUGUGACGCAUCCAUCGCAUGUUCCAACUAUGGACAUGACUUCGUGGACCAGUUGGGAUUUGUGCCACGCACCAACGCCGGCCCCGACGCCGGCCCCGACGCCCAACCCGACGCCCAACCCGACGCCCAACCCGACGCCCUACCCGACGCCGAACCCGACGCCCAACCCGACGCCCAACCCGACGCCCAACCCGACGCCCAACCCGACGCCAAACCCGACGUCUAACCCUACGCCCAACCCGACGCCCAACCCGACGCUGAACCCGACGUCCGCACCCACGCCGUCUCCGACUCCGGUUCCGACGCCGGCGCCUACGCCCGUGCCGACGCCAGCACCGACCACGCCGAGCCCGACGCCCAGCCCGACGCCCAGCCCGACGCCCAACCCGACGCCCUACCCGACGCCCAACCCGACGCCCAACCCGACGCCCAACCCGACGCCCAACCCGACGCUGAACCCGACGCCAAACCCGACGACGCCCAGUCCGACGCCCAGUCCGACGCCCAGUCCGACAACCAGCCCGACCCCCAGUCCGUCCUCGCCACCGACAAGCAGCCCAACGGCAGCGCCCAUCAACAACGGCCCGACGGUCUCCGGUGUCGGCGACCCGCACCUCGUGAACACCCACGGCCAGAAAUUCGAUUUAUUUCAGGCAGGGUACCACACAUUAAUCAACAUCCCGAGGUGGGCGCGGCGGCGGGCCAACUUCCUCGUGCAGGCGAGGGCGAGUCGUGCUGGGGCUGCGUGCGCUGAUUUGUACUUUACUGAGAUCAACAUUAGUGGCAUAUGGGCUCAGCGUCACAAGGCGGCGGACCUGCGUUGGGUCGCCGAGGCCGUGAGGCCGGGCAAGGCCAAGUGGAUGAAGUUCCACAAGACGAUCAGCAUCAAGAUCGUGCAGGGUCACACCGUCCAAAACACGAGGUACCUCAACAUCCUCGUGAAGGGGCUGGACAAGACCAAGGCCCCCGUGGGCGGCCUCCUCGGGGAUGACGACCACACGGCGGCCACGACGUCAGACAUUGGCUGCAAGAAGCUCGUGUCGUUGUGA